AUGAAUACAAAAUCAGCCCGAUUCUUCCCCAAUGAUCUCAUCACUGAGGUCUUAUCAGUUCUUCCUGUGAAAUCUAUUAUUCGAUUCAGAUGCGUUAGCAAUUCUUGGAACAUUCUCAUUUCUGAUUCCACCUUUGUGAAAUUUCAUCUCAAGAGAUCAAAAGCUCGAAAUCCAUUCUUCACACUGAUCACGGAUCACUUCACAUAUACCCAAGGUGAAUCCCCUUAUGGAAGUGACGAUGAAUCUGAGUAUGAUCGCACUGUCGUUCCCUACUCCAUACGUAGUUUAAUAGAGAACCCAUCUUUCAACCUUACGGUUGAUCCUUACUAUGAAUUAAAUGCCAAAGGAUGCUCUGGUAUAGUUGGUACCUGCAAUGGAAUCUGUUUGCUCGAUUCUUUUGACGGAUUCUUGUUAUGGAAUCCAUCCACUAGGGAAACAUCUAAAAGUUUUGACUGUGAUUUUGACUUUUCUGGAUCCGAUCAUUCUGGUUUUAUGUUUGGUUGUGAUGAUUCAACCGACAUUUAUAAAGUGGUAGCAUUCAGUUACUCUCAUGCUCAUUUGAAAAACGAUGUGAGAGUUCUCAAUUUCGGUGAUGAUCGUUGGAGAAAUAUUGAAAGUUUUCCUGCGGUUCCUCUUCAAAUUUACACUGUUGUAGAUUAUGUAUAUUUGAGUGGCACUAUUAACUGGUUGGCUAUCCAUAAUGAAUAUUGUUAUCCUGAAAGCAAUAUUAAGGAUAUUACUGUUGACCAGUUUGUUAUUGUUUCACUUGAUUUGGGGACUGAGAAAUACAAUCAAUACCGACUGCCUCCAAGUUUUGAUGAGGUGCCGUCUGCAUAUCCUAUUGUUGGUGUGUUGGGGGACUGCCUUUGUUUUUCUUAUUCUAAGGAAACUGAUUUUAUUAUAUGGCAAAUGAAGAAAUUCGGGGUUGAAGAUUCUUGGACUCAAUUCCUUAGAAUUAGUUACCAUAAUCUUCAAAUUGAUUAUGACUAUAGUUUUGAAACUACAAAGUGUCACUUUCAAUUGGCGCCGGUUCUUCUUUCUGAGGAUGGUGAUACAUUGAUACUGAAAUCCAUCCUAGAAGAUUUCCAAGCAAUUCUCUAUAAUUGGAGAUCUAAUACAGUAGAGCGGACAAACAUUAUGUUGAACGUGUGUAUCAGCAGUUGUGACUGCCAGCUGCACUGA